UUAAACGUCAAUAGAUAAACUUUUGCGAAACAAACAAUAAUUUUUUUUUGCAAACUGAAUAUACAAUUGCGGUUGAAACAGCAUUUUGAUCAAUUCUUAAGGAAUUUAUUAUGGAUUUGGAAUCGACCGGUCUGUCCCUAGAGGAGAAGUUAAUUUAUUUCAUCGACAAAAAUGAAGUAAAUAACGUGGAACGAUUGCUGAAAGAAGGAGCCAAUGCAACAAUAAUCACAUCGAUUGGCCGGUCAGCAGUUGGUUACGCGACACUGAAGGGCCUGCCGAACAUUUUAAGGCUUUUGCUAUGGUCAUGCGAGGACAAUUUCAAUGUUGACGACAAUGAGUGCAGCGAACCGAAGAAACUGAAAGCGUCCAAAGACCGUACACCGGAUGGUAUGGAGGACUUGCAGUGGGAAGAAGAAAUUCAAGAUGAUUUCAGUAAAUACGAUGCGAACGAUGAAUGGUCGAAGCUGUACGUAUAUUACGCUCGGAUUUUCGAAAAGACCGGAGAACUGCUUAGCAAUACGAUUAAGAAGAAGGAUCCGCAUUGCCUUGACAGCUAUAGUCAUGCACCGUUACACUAUGCAGCAAUGAUAGGAGAUCUGCAAUGUGCAGAAUUAUUACUUCAGUACAAUUCACCCGUCGACAUUACGACGAAAUGUGGAUACACCGCCUUGCACCUGGCUGUUAAGAGUCCGGACGUUACAAGGUGUUUGCUGAAACGACGAGCCAAUCCAAACAAGUAUGCCGACCAUAAACAGGAGACGCCUUUACAUACAGCCGUACGUAUUGGCACCCCAGAAGUGAUAACAAUGCUAAUAGAUUCUGGUGCUGACAUCAACGCUACAUGUCUUAUGAACCGGACGCCGCUCAUUUUAGCCGUUGCAAGCAAGCAAUUCGAAAUUGCGAACAUUCUGAUCGACCGAGGAGCUAAGCUCAAUACUCAGGACUCUCAAGGUUGGACGCCACUGUACGUCGCCGUAUUCGUACAAAAUGUGCAAUUAGUCGAACGACUCCUACAACUCGGUGCUCGGCUGUUCGUCAACCACUAUCUGCUGCACUACUGUGUGCGCGAAAACCUACUGGACAUUAUCAAAAUGCUCGUCAGAUACGGCGACAACAUUGACAUACGCAAUGGUUCCGGAUGGUCACCGCUACUGAUUGCAAUCAGUGAACGAAACCUUCCGAUAUUCCAAUUUUUCAUGGACUACGGCGCUAAAUUGAAUAACAAUCCGCUGCUCAGGGAAUUGCACGUGGCUAUCAUGUACUGUACCGAAAUGACGGAGUUCAAAACCAUUGUCCAGACAUUACUGUGCAGAAAUAUCGACGUUAAUUCGGUCAAUUACUGGGGCGAGACGCCACUACAUUAUACUAUACUGCAGGAAAAGUACGAUAUGACCGAGUAUUUGAUCAAGGAAGGUGGUGAUGUAAAUGUAGGACACAUAGCGCGUUCGACGGAUAAUCUUAUUCUUGCCAGAUAUUCGAAAAAUCUCGAUUUAAUCAAGCUACUAGUGUACGCUGGUCUCAAAAUUCAUGGCUCAUUCCGACCAAAAUCAUUACCACCACCACCGUGGAACGAUGUAAAUAACAGCGAACACUUUCUAGCUAAAAUAUCGUCCAAUCCACUGUCCCUGCAACAGUUGACACGGAUGACAAUCCGUCAUAAAAUUAUUCAGAAAAUGCACUACACAUCGAAAGGUCCACCGACCCAACCGUUCAAUUAUGUGAGAAACUGCGAUGGUUCCAUCGUGAAAUAUUUGAUAUCCAGGUUGCAUCUACCGAGACCCAUACAAAGAUAUUUGUAUGACUUCCCAGAUGUGCCACACCUGAAGAGUGCCAGUAAUCCUACCACGUCAGCGAUUUCCAGUUACGAAAUUCAAACAUCCAAUGCGAUUACGCGUAUAAGGGAAAGCGGUCAAAGAAUUUUAAUCGAAGACUUUUUGGAAACAGUGGCUAUUUCAAUGACUGAAUUAUCAUUGUGAUUUCAGUCGGUUCAACCUUCUGUUGUUCCUGGUAGUUUACUUUUUAGUGUUUAAUGUGCCCAUUCUUCACUUAAUGUCGUAAAAUGUGACGAAAUCGAUGAUGAUUGAGAAUUUAAAAUUUAAGUAUUUGUCGUUUAGUGUUUCUGUUUCGCUCUCUCCAUGUCUAUCUCCCAAAGUCCUUUUACCGCCUUCAAAACGGAUAAUGAUUAGUACAAAGGUCGUGUAAGACAUUGAUUCAUUGAUUACGAAUAAAACUGAUGUUUAUGUAGAGAUCUAGUCAUUUUGAAAACAUUUUUCGUUCAUUUGUGCACAAAAAUAAAUUUCCUUCCCAAAAA